ACCACACCACGGAGGAGAGGCGACCGUGAAUUUUCCUUUGCAUCUCUUCUUCCUAGCUUAUCGUCUGCGCCUUAUAAUACUCUUGGUACCACGCAGCGUGCUCUGUCUUCUUCAGCUCUGCUACCUCAACUUCUCCUCAAGACUUGACCUCCUUCUUCAGGCUUGCUAGCCAGGCUCUUCCUUUUCACAGUUUCACAGAGGUCUCUCCACACACAAGCAGCCGUCUUCGUUCAGGCCUCUCUCGAAACCAACCGCAACCCCUGACCUAAGUCGAUAUUCCUGUUCUCCCCAUCAUCGCUACAAACAUGAGCAACUUCAAUAUGCGCGACGCAAACGAGAACUUGGACCUAGAGAAGCAAGGGUCAGAGACCACCGCUACGGCAGAGCCCGAGUCGCCCUCGGAGGAGGAGAAGCGCGAAAAUCCCACCGCCCUUCCAGAGUCGACAACAAAGCCGGCCACGAGCUUUGCUCCUAUGACACCACCUAGGUAUGGCAACAAGGGUCAACAGCAGCAGCAGCAGGAUGGUGCGCCAGUGCAGCGUACCUUUUCACGGCGAGAGCAGCUGCACCACACCGAGUCGCACCUGUUUGGUGGAGAUCUAAUUCGCCAACAGACCGAGCUCCAGCUGACACACUUCCAGUCGCAGCAGGGCAAGGAUGUCAUCACUGUGCACUGGGAGGGCGAAGGCGACAUGGAGAACCCCCUCAAUUGGGGUAGACUGUACAGGUGGUACAUUACCGCACUCGGUGGUCUCCUCGUCCUCAACUCGACCUUUACAUCGUCGGCUCCCUCGGGAAUUGUUGCGGAUAUGGAGGUCACAUUUGGCUUCUCGCAAGAAGUCGGAAUUUUGACUGUGUCACUCUUCGUUGCCGGGUACUGUUUGGGACCUCUGAUUUGGGGACCUCUUUCUGAGCGCGUUGGUCGUAAGCCCGUCUUCCUGGUCGCCAUGGCCUGCUAUACCGGCAUGAACGUCGGCUGUGCCCUCGCUCCCAACACUGCUGCCAUUCUGAUCUUCCGUUUCCUGUCAGGCGCCUUUGGAGCUUCUCCACUCACCAACGCUGGAGGCCUGAUUGCCGACAUUUGGGACGCAAAGACACGUGGUGACGCAAUGGCCAUCUUCUCCAUUGCUCCCUUUGCUGGACCUGCCCUGGGACCCAUCGUCGGUGGAUUCAUCUACGUCAGCGGUACAAAUUGGCGAUGGCUCUUCUGGGUCUGCACCAUCUUCUCCGGUGUUUGCUUCCUCCUUACCGCCUUUACACUGCCCGAGACGUACGCGCCCAUUCUCCUCAAGCGCAAGGCAGCUAGGAUCAGGAAGGAGACCAACGACGAGCGAUACCAGUCGCCAAUGGACAUGGCUCCUCUGAGUGUCGGACAGCUCAUCAAGGGAAUUAUUUCUAAGCCCUUCAUUCUGCUCUUCAUGGAGCCAAUGCUUUUGGCCAUUACCAUCUACAUGUCCUUCACCUAUGGACUUCUCUACCUUCUCUUCGAGGCCUACCCAAUUGUCUUUGUCGAGGGUCACGGCUUCAACCAAGGAAUCGAUGGUCUGAUGUUCCUCGCCUUCUUCAUCGGUGGAGCCAUUGCAGUCGUCAUCUACGUCACUCUCAUCAACCCUCGCUACGUGAGGAAGCUCGAAGCGCUAGAAAAGGGCCAGCGAGUUCCCCCCGAAGUACGACUGUUGCCAGUUAUGAUCGCUGCUCCUCUACUAGUGGUAGCCCUCUUCUGGUUCGCAUGGACCUCUUACCCUUCCAUUUCCUACUGGUCUCCCAUGCUCGCCGGAGCCCUUCUAGGUCUGUGCCUCCUCUUCAUCUUCGUUGGUCUCUUCAACUUCAUCGUAGAUGCCUAUCUGGCCAAUGCAGCCUCGGCCCUCAGUGGAAACACAGUCUGCCGAUCUGCAUUUGGAGCUGGAUUCCCCCUCUUUGCCACACAGAUGUUCCAGCGAUUGGGAACACAGUGGGCAGCCUCCCUACUGGGAUUCCUCGCGCUGUUGAUGGUGCCUAUUCCUUUCAUCCUGUCGAGGUACGGUGCAAAGAUUAGGGCAAUGUCGAAGCACGCUGCGGAGUAAAAGAGGGAGGCGACCUUGUAUUCCCUUCCUGCCUGCAACCGUAGAUGCGUUUGGCUUUCCCCUAUCCCUGUCAUCUCCCAUCAUAUCCCCCCACUUGUUUUUAGGCUCUCUGCUCACGACUGACAAUAACUUAUUGUGUUCAAAACGAA